UGCAAGACCAAAAUCUUCUAAUUGAAAAGAAAAACUUAACAAAUAAAGAAAAUAUUAUUCACAAAAUCGUUAGAUUUCAGAGGCUGCUGGUAGUUAGUUGUCGUGUUAUUUGGUCAUACACCAAAUUUUUAUAUCAAGCGCGUUUCUGCUCAUUCCCGGCUUGCUAACACCUAAUAUUGUUUCCCACCGUGAAAAUAAAGGGUGAACUUGUUAACAAUCGGCCAGGACUAUGUUAACAAGUCACAAAAUACAUAGCUUUAAACUGAAAACUUAUUGCAUCUUUCUUUAUGUAGAUGAUUAAGCAAAAUAAUUACAGAGAGAGGUUUUACUUUUAUUAGAGAAAAAAAUUGGACCUUUCGUAGCAACGACCUUUCAUGAGUUCGUAGGGAAAAGGGAAAUGGCAUCUUGGGGAUCGACUUGUAAGCAAUACAUGACAAGCCAAACUAUAUCUGACUAGAUUUCAACUUAGUGCACACAUGAGCAUGGCAACUCAAACUUAAAAAACAAACUUUAAUUUGAUCACAAAUCUUGAUAACCACUGCCGCAAAUAUAGUUCACUUAAAUUUUUUAAAAUACACAUUUAGAUUAGUUAGACAGGUCAACAUUCAUUAAGCAAUGGCUUAACUAUAUAAACCUAUACUUGGAAGCAUCUAAGAUAUCACAUUUAAUCUGAACCUCCAAAGACUAGCUUGAAGAGGAUUAGUACAACAAUAUAAAUAACAAUUAACAGAAUAUGGCAAGUUUCAAGUUAUGGGUUUGCCUUAUAUUGCUUCUACUCGAGAUCUCGGUGCAUCAAUGCCGACCACUGGUCGCGGAAGAGAGCCGGUCUGAUUCAGGGAACAUAAGAAAGAUUAUGAGGGAACUUCUCAAAAGAUCAGAAGAGCUGAAGGUAAGAUCCAAAGGCGGCGAAACGGUUCUAGGCAAUACCCUUGAUUCAAAGCGGCUCAGCCCUGGUGGGCCGGACCCUAGACAUCACUAAAGAGAUGUGUAGUUUUUAUAACCUUUCGGUGAGGUAUUGAAACUUGUAACGCCAGCAGAGCGCUUUGCACAAGGGGUUAUUUGGUGUAACUCUAAGGUUACCAUCUUAUCAACAUUGAGUCAAAUUAAUCUUGAAGUAUGUUCAUCUAAAGUGAAGCGUACUAGAUAAUGUGCUUGUUUUUAUUUAAUCGGUUCUCUUUUGUGCUUCUAAAAUUAUGAGAAAUUGGCAUUUAUCCUUUUCUUUUA